CAAUCCUUGGCCCCGUUGACACCACCGUCCGACGUCUCAUUGUCGCGUUGAAACUGCAUAUCUGCUCGUACGAUCGCUCAAGACCACGUGCAGUACAAUCGCAAUAUGGCCGACGACGACCAGCGGCUUGCGACCUCGAGGUCAGCGCCAGCCCUCCAUGCCUCCCCUUCCACAACCGAGGUGCCUUCUGAGAGUACCGAACCAGAGCCAUACCUGGUCCGCCACGGCUCUUUAGCCUUUCGGGCCCCGCGACGAAAAUCAACCCAAGACCGUCUCGAUGAGAUUCUCAAGGCUGCCCGCGAGAGGGCCGAAGCACUCGACAAUGCCAGUCCCGGUCUACAACAACAGCCUUUGCUAUCACCGCUAUCGCCUCGUACAACUGAGAUCACCGGAGUCGGCGAAGGUACACAACAAGGAAUCGUAACAAGCCAACCACUUAAUUACCAAAGUAUGGUACAAACACCAACAUCCAACUUGUCGGCGCGCAAAAGACAGACAGCAAGCCAAUCUGCCGCUCAUAGUCCGGCCGCACAAACACCAUUGACGCAUUCAAAUAACGAGGGCGAAGCUGGGAACGGGGCGGCCGAGCAUCAUCAACCGAGUAAAUGGAAGAAAAAGCUGGAAUAUUUCCAGAGCAUUGAGUUGGAAAAUAAGGGCAGCGUCGCUCGUGACCAUCUUGCUUUAGAACGAACAUUCCUCGCAUGGCUACGAACCUCAUUAGCGUUUGCCUCGAUAGGCAUUGCCAUCACUCAACUCUUCCGUCUCAACACAUCAUUAUCGGACGGUAACGACACUGCCCACCAGGCGGAAACACUAAGGCACCUGGGCAAACCGCUUGGCGCAACGUUUCUGGGUAUCAGUAUCUUGACGCUGUUUCUUGGAUAUAAGCGCUAUCUGCUUGGACAACAUUGGGUGAUAAAGGGCAAGUUCCCGGCCAGCAGAGGGACGAUUAUGCUGCUGUCGUUCAUUGCCUUGGCCGUGAUAGUAGCAUCGUUGAUAGUGGUGCUCGCGGUGCAGAGUGGCGUGGACGUACGAGGGUAGGAAGAGGUGUAAGGUGAGGCUUUGCUACGGGCAAGCUAGGCCCGUAACAAGAGCUGUGAAUCCCUGGACCGGACAUUUGCCAAUGCUGUCAGCGAUGCAACACCAUAACCGAAUGGCGAGGUGACACCGCUAACGACAGCCGCAUCAUUAAAGUCGCUA